AUGAUUCCAAUAGCAAGCCCAAUAGCAUCAGAGUCCACCACAGAGAUGAUAGCCAGCCUUGUAAGAGACCAGGCAGAAAGAGGAGUUCUGUCCACAGGAAUCAAGAAGUGCCAAAAACGCAUUUUAGAGGGGUCAAGAGGCUUGCUGGUCCUAACGGCAGACACAACACCCAUGGACCUCAUCACACACCUUCCUGCAGUCUGUGAAGACAGAGGCAUUAAGUAUGUCUUUGUAAGGCGGAAGGUUUCCCUUCCAAACGGAUUCACCUGUGUCUUUCUCGAGAUGGAUGGAAGCGACAUGCUCGCCAAAGUGCUCGAGACACUUGCUUGA